CAUGACUACAUAAAUGCUCCAUAGAAUUUGCCCAUGCUAAUACGUCUCUUUAAUACGAUGAGCCAAUGCGCAAGCAGCAAUGACCAUGGACAGAAGACCAAGAAACGAAAGGCGAAUGCCCAAGACAAAUCAGGGUGUAAGAGCCUUACUGACCGUCUAAGUGUGCAACCCAAGAGUACUCCAAGCCUCCAGCUGGCCUCCACGUCCUGUGACUCGUUUAUAUGCCAGGGCACCUCUCCCUUCAGCCCGCCACCUCCCCCCAACACGUGCACGGGCCUUCAGAUGGAGGAGACGGCCCACAACUUCCUGCGGACAACUGAGCACAACCUCAGCCACUCGAGCACACUCAACGCUCCAGUUCAGCCAGAACCUACCUCCCAUGUCCCCUUGUACCCUCACAGCCACCAAAUCAACCCCCAAAGCCUGAGCCACACCCUAAACCACGGGGCUCUCAGCGGGGAUAUGGACCCUCUCUUCAUCCGGGCGGCGACCGUCGUGGAGAUGGUGUGCGGGGAGAGGAUGUACAAAUGCUCGGCCUGCCUGCACUACUACACCGGCCUGGGGCCACUGGUGGAACACGUCAAGGAGGGCUGGCGGGACGGGUUCAGCUGCCGGGUCUUCUACCGUAAGCUCAAGAGCAUGUGGGACCGGCGGGUCAGCACCGAUGUCACCACUGGCAUCCAGGCGGCCACAACGGUUUCCGGAUGCACACUACCGCUGAGCGGCACCACCACCACUACCACCACCACCACCACCAUGCUGGCUGCAACGGCGACAGACAGUGUCAACAGCCACACAGUCAAGGACAAGAAGAUGGAGAGAGUGCAAGACUGGCUUGAGAAGUCUGUCAUAUUGCCCCAGUAAAAAAAAUAUAUAAAGUAACCCGAAU